CCAACGGUUUAUAUUUUUCUGAUGGUGAGUGCCGUCAUGUUUAUAUGUCCUCGUACAGUAGCCUUUUUCAGCUUAAGAAGCUUUCAUUCUCAGAUGAAGCAGAUAAGCUGAAAUGGAGAAGCUGUUGAAUUCUUCGCGUCUAGUUUUCUCACCUGCUGUUGCGUCUUUUUCACUUUCAUCAAGUGAAAAUUACACAAGGACAAGGGCUGAAAGAAACAACAAGCUUGCCAAUCAACUACCAAACAAAGGAACGUGUGGGUCGCAAAAAUUGCUUAGGCAUCACAUUCUCUCAACAAGAAUUCCGGUGCACCGUAGGGUGGAGCACAAUUCUCCUAUCUCUGCCGUUUUGACAGAUGACCCCUCAACAAUGACAAGUAUGGACGAUGAUACAGAAAAUAUUGGUAUCUUGCGCAUUGAUCCAGGCUUAGAACCAUUUAAAGAUCACUUCAAAUACAGAGUGAGGAAGUAUGUAGAUCAGAAAAACCUUUUUGAAAAGUAUGAAGGAGGUCUUGAGGAAUUUGCAAAAGGUUAUUUGAAAUUCGGAUUUAAUAGGGAAGAAGGUGGCAUUGUGUACCGUGAGUGGGCCCCAGCAGCUCUGGAAGCACAAGUUAUUGGGGACUUCAAUCAAUGGGAUGGUUCUAACCACAAGAUGGUAAAGGAUCAAUAUGGUGUUUGGAGUAUCAAAAUUCCAGAUUCUGUUGGAACUCCGGCUAUUCCUCAUGGUUCACGAGUCAAAUUCCGAUUCAAGCAUGGUGAUGGGGUUUGGGUUGAUAGAAUCCCUGCAUGGAUUAAAUAUGCUACUGUAGACCCUACAAGUUUUGCGGCCCCAUAUGAUGGUGUAUACUGGGAUCCGCCAGCAUCGGAAAGGUAUGAGUUUAAGUACCCUCAGCCCCCAAAGCCUAUGGCCCCAAGGAUAUAUGAAGCUCAUGUUGGAAUGAGCUGCUCUGAACCCCGUGUGAAUUCUUAUAGAGAAUUUGCUGAUGAUGUUUUGCCUCGUAUUCGAGCAAAUAACUAUAACACAGUCCAGUUAAUGGCUGUGAUAGAGCAUUCCUACUAUGCAUCAUUUGGUUAUCAUGUAACAAACUUUUUUGCUGUAAGUAGCAGAUCUGGAACUCCUGAUGACCUUAAGUAUUUAAUUGAUAAAGCCCAUAGCUUAGGUCUGCGGGUCUUGAUGGAUGUUGUUCACAGCCAUGCAAGUAACAAUGUCACUGAUGGCCUUAAUGGCUAUGAUGUUGGCCAAAGCUCACAAGAAUCGUAUUUCCAUGCUGGCAGUCGAGGCUACCAUGCAUUGUGGGAUAGUAGGCUCUUCAAUUAUGCAAAUUGGGAAGUACUUCGCUUCCUUUUGUCCAACUUGAGGUGGUGGCUUGAGGAGUACAAAUUUGAUGGAUUCCGAUUCGAUGGGGUAACUUCAAUGUUGUAUCAUCAUCAUGGGAUUAACACGGCUUUUACUGGGAAUUAUAAUGAGUAUUUCAGUGAGUCAACGGAUGUUGAUGCUGUUGUUUAUAUGAUGCUGGCAAAUAGUCUGGUUCACAAUAUCUUGCCAGAUGCAACUAUAAUUGCUGAAGAUGUUUCUGGUAUGCCUGGACUUUGUUUGCCUGUCUCUGAGGGAGGUAUUGGUUUCAACUACCGUCUGGCAAUGGCCAUCCCUGACCAGUGGAUUGAUUAUUUGAAGAAUAAGAAGGAUGAAGAAUGGUCGAUGAAGGAAAUAUCAUGGAAUUUGACAAAUAGGAGAUACACUGAGAAGUGUGUAUCUUAUGCUGAAAGUCAUGACCAGGCCAUUGUAGGUGACAAGACUAUUGCAUUUCUUUUAAUGGAUGAAGAGAUGUAUUCUGGUAUGUCUAGUUUAACAGAGGUCUCUCCAACUGUUCAGCGAGGAAUAGCACUUCAUAAGAUGAUACAUUUCUUAACUAUGGCAUUAGGAGGAGAGGGCUACCUUAAUUUUAUGGGGAAUGAGUUUGGCCAUCCUGAGUGGAUUGACUUCCCAAGAGAGGGCAAUGGGUGGAGUUAUGAAAAAUGCAGACGCCAAUGGAACUUGGUGGAUACUGAUCACUUAAGAUACAAGUUCAUGAAUGAAUUUGACAGAGCUAUGAACAUGCUUGAUGAUAAAUUCUCAUUCCUCGCAUCAUCAAAACAGAUUGUGAGCAGCACAAAUGAAGAAGACAAGGUUAUUGUCUUUGAGCGAGGAGAUCUGGUUUUUGUGUUCAAUUUUCAUCCAGAAAAUACAUACGAAGGGUAUAAAGUUGGGUGUGACUUGCCAGGGAAGUAUAGAGUUGCACUUGAUAGUGAUGCUUCGGAAUUUGGUGGACAUGGAAGGGUGGGUCAUGAUGUAGACCAUUUUACAUGUCCAGAAGGGAUGCCAGGUGUGCCUGAGACAAAUUUCAACAACCGUCCGAACUCAUUCAAAGUACUCUCACCAGCUCGAACCUCUGUGGUUUACCAUAGGGUGGAAGAAAAAGAAGAAGAAGAGCACAACGAAAGUUCAUUGACCAAUGCGAAAAAGACAUUAGCAGCAGAUGUUCUGCAAAACAGUAGUGAAUCGAUCAGUGCUAAUGAGACAUUAGGUGAUGUUGCGGACAACUGUAGUCAAUCGGUCAGCAGCAAGGCGACAUUAGUAGCAGAUGUUGUGGCUGAUCGGGAAAACCUUGAAGCUUUACCAACCAUAGAAGGUGAUGGUGAGUCUGUUGGGACACCGGAGCACUGAAUCUUCCAUUAUUGUGCAAAUCAAGCUCGUCAUUGAUGUGUUCAUGUCAUAUAAUCAAUAAUAAGCAUUAAUCACGGGAUUUUAUGGACUGCUGUAAAUUCUGGUGUCCGUUUAAUAUGUCAUUGGUAAGACUGGAUUUCAUAUAUGCUUUAUGCUGGAAUUUUUGCUACAUUCCAAGGAUUAAAUGUGUAUUGUACUUGCUCAUGUGAUUAGCAAUAAUGUAAAGUUGCAGUUUAAAAGCUGUUUCACAAAUCUUAUUGUGGCCUAUAAAAAAUUUAGAGAAUAUUUAUGUUGAUAUUUCAA